GCGUUCCGCGCGCGGCGCGCAACCUCCCGCGUCUUGGACUCGAUCGCUCGGACUUAGCUUUCGUCUGUACGGUGUUGCUGGCAGCAUAAGGGCUCCUUGCCAUGGCGCGUCCGCGUGUAGCAGACGACGAACUUCUCCAGAUUAAUGGGAGAAGUGCGCGGAUUUACCUAUACACGGCAGGCUUUGGAGCCCUGACCAAGGGACAGGUGGAUGCAUUAGAAGACAAGAUUACGGAUUAUGGCGGGAUAUUGGUAGAAACAGAAAAGGAAGCUGACAUUAUCAUCGUCCAAUAUGUCGGGCUCGAACUCCUUCGAAGAAAGUACUGGGACUCGCGCACUGUUUGGGUUGAGGAGCCAGCGUUCAUUGAGAUAUGCAUCAAGUCGGGGAAGUGUGAAGACAACCUGCAAAAGCCCGUGCGCAGGGGUAUGGGUGGACAGCCCACGGGAAGGACGCGUGUACCGUUCACUGCCGAAGAUGACCGGCACCUAGCUGAAUACUUGGCCUCAGUUACGCCAAAUGCAGAUGAGGGUGGCCGUGGGGGCAUAGAGAUUUACAAGCGACUCGUGGCCUCGCGUUCCGUUCACCAAUUUGAUCACAGACAAUGGGCUGAUCGUCACACAAUGUGGUCCUGGCGGGAACGCUACAACAAGCGCAAGCAGAUCUUUGAUCCCAUCAUCGAGCAGCUGGUCGCGGAGAACCCGCCCCGACAGGAUGAGAAGGGUUUGUAUGAGCGCAGUCGACUACGCCAGGGACGCCGCUUCGGGCCAAACAGAGAAGGCGAGCUCGAGGAAGAAGGUGACGGCAACGCCGCACAAGAGCAGGCUGAGGAUGGAGCGGGAAAUCAGCAAGCCGAAGGACCAGCACCCCGUCAGCGACAGUCCGAGCCCGUUGACUCCCCGCGGCGGGACAACGAGGACAUGGACACGCCUCCGCACAAGAGAGCAAGACACAUGGGUGCGCAUCAGCGACGUGCAUCUUCUGUCGCGCAUGCGCGUGGUAGGCAGCAGUCUCGUUCGCCCUCCUACGUUGCUCCAGAGGGGGCCAUACCCUUCGAGGUAUCUAGCGCAGAGGAAGACGACGACAUGGAGUACGCCGAUCAGACUCUGUAUACGUCCGAACACGACGUAAACCGCCCGUCCGACAGUCACAGCGGUCGGCCAGGGCCUGAGGAUGCAGGGCCCUCCGGCACACAGCAAUCCCCACGGCCUUCCUCCGCAAGCCGGGAACAGACCUCUUCACCCGCGAACAGUGGGACCCACGCAGCGCAAGCAGCUGGGAUCCUCGAGCUGCGAACUCGGCAAGUAUCGCGUCCCAUUCAGAAGACGGCUCGGCGAUGAGGCUAUGUAUCGGCAUUCUGAUAACACAGUUCUGGGAGUCUAUGUACGUACUAGUACUUACAUGCAUAUUGUUUAAUGUCACUACGCUGCAGCGCUAUAAUUAUUCGCAGCGACGGCGCAGAGCACUGGUGAACAUGCAUGGCAUUUGCUCAUGUGCGUGAGGACUUGCAACUGAGUUCAGUUGGUCAGAGUCCGGACGUUAC